AAUCCGCAUCGAAGCAGUAUCUUCACAUAGUUUCCAGGAAGCUGUCGUGACAGCAGCUCUCCGACACAGACAAGACCCACAGAGGUGUUUUCCUCACAAGCAAAACGCUGACUGAGAGGCAAACGUGAAGCGGCAGUUGGGCGCAAUAUGAGGUGGCUGUGAAUCCCCUCGGAGCAUUUGAAGAUGAUGCGAUUGCUGUUCCUGUGUCUGCUGCUGAUGCUGCCAGCUGCUCCGGCUGUUUCAGAAGAGACUGAAGGUUCCGCUGAUGGAGGUCUGGAUGAUGAUGAGGAUUCAGUAAGGCCAAAAGAUCGGGAUCUUCAUGGCCCAGCUGAACCUGUAGGAGGAAAAGAAACACACGAUCAUUUGACCCUGAUUAUCAUCAUUGUAGCUGUGGUUGUGUUGACUCUUUCAGGUGCCGCGAUAAUCACUCUACUGCUAGUAAGACGCCGCCUGCACAAUCGACAGCAAGGGAUCUACUUCGUGCCUGCAGAGCAGGACCAGAAAGGGGCCAUCUAGUUCCUGGCGGAGCAGCAGUUUUAAUACCACACAAAAGAGGAGACAUUUAUUUUUUACUGUUGUAUAGUCUUGUCUUUGUCCUAGUCGUUUAUGCACCACAUACACGCAAUUUAUCUGGGGACAUUUGGAACACAUUCAAACCUCCCAAUUGGAUUCUAUUUGAGGAAUCCAAAUCAAAGCCAGUGAAUAUGGCUUAAAGCUUCUUUUGUUAAAAGGGAUAAUUUAGCACAGUCAGAGCUCCCCCUUUUUCUUACUACCUGAAACAAGAAAUUAUUCCCAUGCAGUGAAAAUACAUUUGCGUUUGAUUUGGUGCAUGUUGAAAAGACCUUGUCUGUGUGAAAUGGUCCAAGAGUGAGACAUAACCAUGCUAAUCCACACUAAGCCAGGCCAGUGCUCACUUCAUUCUCCUAUUCACUUGUCUGACACCUUCUGUUCCUGGCCCAAUGGCAAUGACAGGAGGCAUUUCAAAAGGAAGAUAACAACUUGUUCCCCCUCUCAACCUCAGUAAAAAAGAAACAAGUGGAAAUAGCCAGUGUGAAUAUUAUUGCAGGGCAGCACAUUAAUUGCCAAUGAAUUAUGUUUUCUUUUCCGCCCUCUCUCUCUCUCUCGUUUUGAAAGGCGUUCCCUUUAGUCCCGCAGAUUGUAAAUACAGAGGUUUUCUACUCGUAGAAAGAAGCUGGGUGUGAGUGAGGGAUCAAAUCUAACAAAUCAAAUAAAGAUGGAGAUGAUUGGGGAGAAAAACAACAAUGCUUUUGUUUCAUUCAUAGAGAGUAUGAUGGCUUCUCCGUUUUCAUUUAAAUGGAAAUCAAUCAUGCCCUGUGAAAGAAAGCUUUCUGUCCAGGAACAUGAGGCACUGGUUGCCUUAUUUCCUCCAAUACAGCGAUGGGCACUUUCUGUGGUAAAUGUUAAAAGGGAAUUGGACCUGCUCCUGUUCAACAUGACAGUAUUCAUGAGGACACUUAUAAUGGAAUAAGCAACACAGUGAAUGGCUACAUGGGGUUAAACACUGGAUUUGUCAAAGCAGGAUCUCGCUUUGCUUCCACUAAAUCUUGCAGCUAAUCUCGCCACUGGAGACGGUUCUUGGCUCCACUCCAGCCGCACUUGAGAGCAAAAACAAUUGUGCAGUCACGUCCUCUUCAGGGUGUACAGUAGCUAUUGAUUUGUGCUAAGGCAUUGUCUAAAAAAUGAUGCAUCCCAAUUUAUAAAACAUAAACAAAUUGGCAGAUGUGAUUAUUGUUUGUGCAUUUGUUUUACUGUUCGUAUUUGAGCAAUGUGUGUACAGUAUGUGUUGUUUCUAAAAAAAAAAGUAUAGCAUUGCCCAAUAAGCCUUUAAUAUCUGUCAGCAUUUCAAAGGGAGUACUAUUGAACCAAAAUUGCAGUACAAAACAUUUCAGUUUUAUUAUGUCAUGCUUUUAGUCAUAUUCACUGUUUCUGUUGGACAAACAAACCACAAUUGAACAUUUGAGCAGAGUUUUCUCUUUCAGGGCUUUUUUCGUCUUCGACUUAUUAAAGAAAGCAAACAUACUGCAGAGAAAUAUUAUUAAUAUUUGGUCCAGCUUGCUCCCAGCAUGUGACCAAACUCGACUCAAUUAUUCUUUUCUAUAAAGCCUCUCUGCUGUGACAAUACUCAUGUUAAUAUAAUAAAUGUUUGUUCUUUCUCAACAUAAUGUAUGUUUAGAUUGAGGUUACCUUUUUGUUUUUGUGCAAACUACUACAACUUAAAAAAACGCAUGACAAAACUCAAGCAAAUGAAGAAAACAUCUUCAUCAAUGUGAACAGAAUUACGCAACUAAAUAUGAACUACGAAAGAUGCACUUAGUAGGGUGCAGAUCUCUUUCAGAACAAUUGGCUAACCCCUUUAAGGCGUUGUUAAACACAUUUAAUUAAAACUCAAAAACAAGUGGCAAUAUAUGCAACCAAUCAGCUUGGAGUGUUCAUAUAAGACACGUCAUACAAUCGUGGCAGAAAUUAAAUGAAACUCUCAAAAAGUCUCAAACAAUAAAAGUGUGCAAACUAUAUUCCCCCCCCCCACACACACACUGUGUGUCUCACUCACUGAUUCUGGAAUGCACUCACCUUGCGGCCCCUGUCUGGGUGUCGGUUAACAGUAUUGAGUGAGGAGUCGGCAGGCCGUAUAAUAGCCGUAUAAGACGAGCAAAACAUUUUUGUGUGGAGAAAAUGUGAGUCACCGCAACCAACUGGGAAAGCAACAUAUACGUAAUGCAGCUUGCUGCAGCAGAAUGUGAGAUUAGCCGUGGACAGACACGCGUGCACACGUGCGUCCGAUCGCAUCAUCCUCCUGGCGAAUAUAACGAACAUAAAGUUCAGUACGACUUGCAGCAUUCUUGUAUUUCAUUUUCAGUUCUUUUGGGCAUGUUUUUGUAUCUGGUUGUUUUCUAGGACACAAUGUUUUCCCCGCUGCUUAUUGUGUCUUGUCCUGCUUGUGUUGCACUGCAUUCAGCUUUCAGAACCACUGCACUAAAGCUAUUGUCAGACCGUAUGCAGCUAUAACCUUUAAUAUAUUAUAUGUAUUUACAGAUUCACUGACCUAAAUAUUUGUAUGAUGUCUAUUAAUGGAAAACAUAUGUAUUUGACCAAAUGGUCUUUUUAUACAUGUGUUGUUAAGGGGUGAUGUCUUCUCUCCACUGUUCAUUUAUACAUUCUGUGCAAAACAUGUUGUGGCAGGUGGAGUCAGUUAUUUUCUAAAAGCUUUAUUAUGUAAAAUAUUUGUAUUUGUGUCAUUUUGCAGCACAUUUCUUUUUAAUUUGGACUUAAUGUUGAAUACACGUUUGUGUAUGCACUUGUGUAUCCAGAUGAACCCAUACUGUAUGUAUUAUGUUUGCCAAUGGCAUUUACAUUAGUGUUAUUAUAUAAUUAGUAUAUAAUAUAUAACGAUCUAGCUCAUGAGAAAACAAUUUCAGUCAUAUCAAAUCAUAAAUCAAUUCUGUU